UGCCAGCAGUGUCUAUACUGUUCCUUGUCUCAAACUUAUUGAGUAGCUUUUCAUUAUUAUUAUUAUUUUAUUUAUUUAUUUUUGGCCGUGUUGGGUUUUUGUUGCUGCGCGUGUGCUUUUCUCUAGUUGCGGCGAGCGGGAGCUACUCCUUGUUGCGGUGCGCGGGCUUCUAAUUGCGGCGGCUUCUCUUGUUGCGGAGCACGGGCUCUAGGCUUGGGACUUCACCGGGCCCCGGCAUCUCUCUUCUGCUCUUCCUGUUGUAUGUUUGCACAAUUGCCAUGUGAUUUCACUUUCUGGCUUCUGCUGGGACAGCUGCAUCACCUCGGCCCCCUCGGCUCUGCCCCAAGGCUGUAGUUUGUGGGCCGGAGCGGUGGGUAAAUGAGGGCCCACCCGCCUGUGGGUGCCCAGGUGCGCCGGUGCAGGUAGGGUGGUCCCUCAGCAGGGUCAGGUUGUGGUAAAUGCAGGAGUUCGCUCCCUCCACGCGGGAAUUCCCUUGGGCUUCAGGUCAUUUCCUCAAUGCAUGAGGAGCCCGGAGCCUUCAUUUUACUUUCCCUUCCCCUCUUCCCUGGGAAGCCAGCAGUGGGGAGGGAAAAGGACAUCCACAGCCGCCUCUCUUCAGAUUUGGGGGCUGCAGGGAGAAUCCUCAGGAUCCUGUUUUCUCACCAGUUCAGUUUCUGACGAGGACGCUUCCUUGGCCAUGGUCUUUGCUGUUUAUUUACGUUAUGUCUCUGCCCUUGCUCUGCUGCUGCUGGUAGUAUUUGGGGUGGGGCAGGGGGCCUGUCUCUGCUGUUUUUGCUCAUCUCACUAGGAAUUGGGAGAAGAAUAUUCUGUCACCCGUCUCCAUCUCCGAGCUGGCCCACAGCUCACUCCGGCUGUAACGGAAAGCUCCCCUUUAGUGACACGCUGUCUGCAGUGGUUUGCUGCCGGCUCCCCCAGUUGUGUCUGGCCCCUGACCCAGGCGGCUGUGGGUCCCGUAGAGGAAGCCCCAACUGGGGCCCCAACAUCGGGCCUCUCCCCUCAAGCCUGGUGGGAGCCUGGUGGGAGCCUGCUUCACCUCGGCCUGUGGAAUGCCUCUGGUUUUCUCCUUCGAUCGGAAGUCUGAACGGCGUAGCCCCUGGCCACUCCAGCCUUGGAGACUGUGGCUUCCGAAGUCCAUCUUGGCCCGUCGGCAUCUCCAUAACAACCACAUCGAGCAUCUGGGGACCCACAGCUUCGAGGGGCUGCACAACCUGGAGACUCUAGACCUGAAUUACAACCAGCUGCACGAGUUCCCCGUGGCCAUCCGGACGCUGGGCCGCCUGCAGGAACUGGGUUUCCAUAACAACAACAUCAAGGCCAUCCCCGAGAAGGCCUUCCUGGGGAACCCUCUGCUGCAGACGAUACACUUUUAUGACAACCCGAUCCAGUUCGUGGGGAGGUCGGCGUUCCAGUACCUGCCCAGGCUGCACACCCUAUCUCUGAAUGGUGCCACGGACAUCCAGGGGUUCCCAGAUCUCAAAGGCACCACCAGUCUGGAGGUCCUGACCCUGACCCGUGCGGGCCUCCGGCGGCUGCCCCCGGGGAUGUGCCAGCAGCUGCCCGGGCUCCGUGUCCUGGAGCUGUCUCACAACCAGAUCGAGGGGCUGCCCAGCCUGCACGGGUGUCAGAAGCUGGAGGAAAUUGGCCUCCAGCACAACCGCAUCUGGGAAAUCAGAGCUGACACCUUCCACCAGCUGACCUCCCUGCAGGCCCUGGACCUGAGCUGGAACGCCAUCCGGUCCAUCCACCCCGAGGCCUUCGCGACCCUGCGCUCCCUGGUCAAGCUGGACCUGACGGACAACCAGCUGACCACACUGCCCCUGGCCGGGCUUGGGGGCCUGGUGCAUCUGAAGCUCAAAGGGAACUGGGCUCUGUCCCAGGCCUUCCCCAAGGACAGCUUCCCCAGACUGAGGGCCCUGGAGGUGCCCUACGCCUACCAGUGCUGUUCCUACGGCGUGUGCCGUGGCGUCUUCAAGGCCUUGGGCCGACGGACGCCCCAGGGCCCUCACCCUGACGACCACGAUGCUCCCAAAAGGCCCCUGGGCCUCCCUGCCGACGCAGCCGAGAGCCACUAUGAUGUGGACCCAGACGAGCUUCAGCUGGAGGUGGAGGACCCCAGGCCACACCCCACUGUCCAGUGCAGCCCUGUUCCAGGCCCCUUCAAGCCCUGCGAGCACCUCUUCGAGAGCUGGGGCGUCCGCCUGGCCGUGUGGGCCGCCGUGCUGCUCUCCGUGCUCUGCAACGGGCUGGUGCUGCUGAGCCUGUCCGCAGCCGGGCCCGGCCCCCUGCCCCCAUUCAAGUUCGUGGUGGGGGCCAUCGCAGGGGCCAACACCUUGACCGGCCUCUCCUGCGGCCUUCUCGCCUCGGUGGACGCGCUGACCUUCGGCCGGUUCGCGGAGUAUGGCGCCCGCUGGGAGUCGGGCCCGGGCUGCCGGGCCGUGGGCUUCCUGGCCGUGCUGGGCUCCGAGGCCUCCAUGCUGCUGCUGACCCUGGCCGCCGUGCACUGCAGCGUGGCCGUGGCCUGCGUGCGGGCCCGUGGGAAGGCACCGGCCCCGGGCAGCUUGCACGCGGGGGCCCUGGGCUGCCUGGCGCUGGCCGGGCUGGCGGCCGCCCUGCCGCUGGCCUCCGUGGGUGAGUACGGGGCCUCCCCGCUCUGCGUGCCGUACGCCCCGCCCGAUGGCCGGCCGGCCGCCCUGGGCUUCGCCGCGGCGCUGGCGAUGCUGAACGCCUCCUGCUUCCUGGCAGUGGCCGCAGCCUACGUCAGGCUGUCCUGCGAGCUGCCCGGGGCCGAGCUGGAGCCCGUGUGGGACUGCGCCGCCGUGCGCCACGUGGCCCGUCUCACCUUCGCUGACGGGCUCCUCUACUGCCCCGUGGCCUUCCUGAGCCUGGCGUCCGCGCUGGGCCUCGUCCCCGUCACCCCCGAGGCCGUCAAGUCCGUGCUGCUUCUGGCGCUGCCCCUGCCCGCCUGCCUCAACCCCCUGCUCUACCUGCUCUUCAGCCCCCACUUCCGGGAGGACCUGCGGCGGCUGCGGCCCUGCCUGGGCGUCCCAGGGCCUCUUGCCCUGGCGGCCGCCGGCCAGCUGGAGCCGAGCUCCUGCGACUCCACCCAGGCCUUGGUGGCCUUCUCGGACGUGGAGCUCAUCCUGGAGGCCUCCGAGGCGGGCCGGCCCCCUGGGCUGGAGACCUACGGCUUCACCUCCGUGACCCUCGCCCCCUGCCAGCAGCCCGGGGUCUCCCGGCCGGAGGGCAGCCACUUUGCGGAGCCAGAGGGAACCCGCUUUGGUAACCGGCCACCCGCCGUGGCCGUGCCAGCGGGGGCGGGCCGGGCGGGGGCCGGGGCCUUCCAGGCGUCUGGCUCUGCCUCGGCCUCACACUUGUAAACGUCCUCUCCGUUCCCCUACGCCCCUCCCCUCCCGCCCCCUCCGUGAAGGACGCUGCUUGUAAAAUAAACCCCACCAGAUGGCCCCGCCCCCGGCCCGUGCUCUCCCAGGCCACCACCGUGUGUACUUGGCCUGGGUUCCCCUCGGCCCUGCUCUGGCCUCUUCCCUGUCGCGUCUGAGGCUGAGGACCAGAGGUCUGGACGUUUGUCCGCUUAAGGUAAAUGAGGGGAGCAGAGGACAGUGACGGGGGCGGGGGCCCGAGCGGCCCAGGAUCAGGUGCGCCGGGCAGGGGACCGCACAGGGGCCAAGGAGGGGCCGCCAGGGCUUCUCCCCUUGCUCCGGGACUGGAUGCACACGUGCUCUGUGCCCCGCUGGUCCUGAAUAUGCCGCUCAAAAGACUCCUGUGAAAACAAGUUUCUGAAAAUAGGACAUUGUGCCCGUUUCUUAGAGAUUCAGGGUGCACGUCAGUGUGGCAAAGAGUCAGGAGAAUCCCACAGCAGUGAGGUCUGUUGAACUUGCUUUAAGCUAGUUCCCCAAACUAUUGAACAAUAGGUUUUGGUUUGCCGGUUGGGUUUUCGUGGAAUAUCUACUAGCACCUCACAGACCAGCCCUCGUCUCUCCCAGGGGCCCCCUUUUGCACCACCUGGUGACAUCACAAGAGGCCACCAGUCUUAAAAGCCCGGUCCUGGGAGCUGGACCCUGUUAACCAGAUGUGACCUUCUUGUUUCUGUUGUCCUGCCCUGAAAAGAGUGGGGAGCGGGCUGUUGCCCUGUGUUCCAUCCUCAGACCCCGGCACCGGGCAGAUGGAAGGGCUCCCAGCCACCAGAGAAGCUUCUGCCCUCAUACGAUGGAGGGUCCCUGGCUGCCGGCUGCCUUCCCGUGGUUCCUGUGGUUCGCCAUCUGCCAUCUUCUGCCCCAAGCCUGGCCCCUCCCUCUGUGCCCCCAGGCCCUGCCCUCUAGGGGGCACAGGGAGCCCCUGGCCAGCGCCUGGGGGGAUGUUUGUGUUGCAUGUUGGGUUGCAGGAAGCGUCACCCAGGACUGGGACUCCUGGGCACCCCAGAUUGGCUGGGACCUUCUGCCUUUCCCGCCGUGGCCUCCCUCCCUUACUUUUUACCAGGGCACCCCCUCCCUGCCCCCAAAUACAGGAUGAGGAGUGAGAGCCAGAGCUCGGAAGAGGGUGAGACCUGUCCAGGGCACCCCGAUGUCUGCCACGUCGGGAUGGGAGUUGGAAUCCGGGACCCAGCAGGACCCAGCGCUCCCCGAGUGCUGUCGUGGUCCUGAGCCAGCCCCCUAGGGCCUCCGCUCCUAGGACGACCUGGGAAGGUCCUUCUAUUGAUAGUUACAUGGCCUGCGGCCCAGUGUCUGUCUCCCUGCCCUCCCCCCGAAGUGGAAAUUCUCACAGGAGUCGCCAAAGCCACCAGGUGGGGUGGAGGGAUGAGGUGGGGACCACGGUGGAACCGGCACAUUUUCAAUCUCAGCUAAGUCAGAGGCCAGGCUCUGAAACCAGACGUGCUGCCCUGGUGCCACAGAAGAGCCCCAGAGCCCAGGCACAGGGCCAGCCCCGGCAGGCGCUCGGUGGUGGUGGAUUCAUUUGUCAGCUGGUGACGUGAGAACCCCGGUCCCUGCACCUCCCGGGGUUGAUCGGGGCCUCUCGUGGAAGCAGGUUGCUCUGCUCUGGUGCUGAGAAGCAGUGACUCUUAUGUGAGAAAGGAGUUCUCCGAGACGCCCCAGGGAUGGACAGCAAAGGGGGUGUGAUUUCGGGAGCCUCGACUUCUGGGAGGUCGUCCAGGCCCCUCCCUGUGUGGCCACCGUCCCCUUGGAGUCAGAGCUGUUGCUGGGUGGGCCAGGGGGAGGACGGCCCUGCGUUGGAGCCCAGGAGUCGUGGGACCCGUACCUGCAUUGGCCUCUCCCACGAGGAGGGGCUGGGGCUUCAGGGCUGCAAGCUCGAGGGCAGCCCCACCGCUGUCUGUGUUCUGUUCCCAACCAGCUGGGCAUUGGCCAGGGCUCCACCUUUUGGUUGGAGGAGAGGUGUUUGCCAGGAAGUCUUUUUACUAUUCAAAAGCCUCGUAGAUGUUGUACGUUCACCCAACACGAGAGGCGAAGUAAAGUCUCUUCGUGUUCGCCUGGCUUUCCUGCAAGUCUGCGUCAAUCCUUGGUUCUCUCCGCUGUGAUCAGUAGAAGAUUAUGAAGAUAGGUAUAUCAUCGAUUAAACUCAACAUCAAAAGCCAAAUAAUUCAAUGCAUGUAGAUGCCUUUGUCUUGGAUUGAUGGCAUAUUCCAAGAUGGUGCCCACGGGGAAGAGUACAUCCUGGGGCCGUGGUGGUGAAGA